AUGUCCGUGUCAUCCCCCGGUACCAUUGUCGACGAGUCCCACGACGACCUGAGCUGGAUCGAUUUCCGGCUCGACCAGGCCGAUGAUAUCACAGCUAUUAAGAAGUCGCUCACGACCCAGGCCUGGUUUGAGCCCCUGUCGCACCCCGAAAAGGACAUGAGCGGUUUCAACGUCGCCAUCAUCGUAAUGCGCAUGAUCUACGGCAACGUGCUGGCAGCUCCUGCGACGACCAAGCCCAGCUUCGAGUUGCUCGAGGAAGAGGAGGACUGGGACUCAGAGGCCAAGACAGACGAGGAUCGCGAGCAGUCAGACCUCCGCAAAUUUCUCUACCAGAACGAGGAGCAAUUUCCCCUCCUCGCAGUAUCCUGGAUCGACACGCCCGGCCUCCUCAAGGCAAAGGGAAAGAAUAGGAAGAACGAGAACGUACCAUCAUCGGCGGCCUACGACAAGACGAUGUUCGACAUGGCCGAGCUACUCCUCUCCAGCUUCCCGAAUCACCGGCACGCCGACGGACCGAUUUCCUUCUCCUACAUCAUGUCCAGUGACCUCGCUAACGAUGCCAUCUGGAGCCACCCCUCCUUUCUCUACUACUCCCCCAUCGUCGGUUGCGCCCCCGCCGAAGCUGGGCCGUGGACGGCCGGUCGCAAGAAAAUCCCGACCCACAUGAACGCGCACUACUCCCUCGUUCACUUCGACUGGGCGUUGGAGCACAAGCAGUUUCGUGGUCUCGGCGCCUUUUUGACGUCCGUGAUUCUUCCCCGCCAGCGUCCAGACGGGCAGUGGUUGCUCUACCAGCCGAAUUUUCCCAAAGUGUUGCGGGUCAAAUACGUACCUGCCGCGGACACUCGCCGUUCUCCUUCGCCUGAAGGGAGUGCCAGUCCUCACGACCAGAACCCGGGAUUCGAGGACCUCAGACACAUCACCGUCGGCGGCCGCAAGAUGGACAUUUCCACCUCUCUGGCAGAGUGGGCGCGCCAUGAUAAGCAAGGAAGAGCCAUCAGGCAGGGAUACUCCAUUUUUGCUGUGGUGCGACUGCGCAAUUCAAGCAAUCCGAAGGAGCAGGAUUUGGUCAGGACAUACGAUGUGCAGCGGAUUGGUGACAUGGUACGGGGGGCGGACGGCAUCGUCGUGCCUGAGGUGUCUAUGAUGAAUAAGAAAGGAAGCGGCACGAGGUAUUUGACUGACGGGUGGAAAUUGGGUGAACCGGGUCAUGAGUACGAUCUGUUCUAUUGUAGGGACGAUGUUGAGCCUGAGGGUGAUGCUCGUGCUUCUGGGUCGAAGGCUGGGAGUCCCAAGGGGCUUAAUCCUGCUGGUGAGGAGCAGAGCGUGAAGAGUGUGAACGACAUUCCAUAUGAGAGCAUUGAGGAAGGGGAUGCCACUCUGGAAUGGGAAGGAACAAAGUGA